UCGUGGGAGGUUUCAUGGAAAGGUGCCGCCUUGUCGGUUACUGGCUGGAGAUUUGAAUUUCAGUCGGAGGAAGAGGGGAGUCGAGUGUGGAGUUUUAGAGAGAUUUCUCCUGAAUUAGUUCUUCUGAUUCAAUGGAAACAGAGUGGCGAAUGCUUUAAAUCAUCUCAUGUCUCAUCUCCUAAAUUUUAUAUGUGAAGUUCUUGAGUACUUUGGAAUAUCUUCUGAUGUACUCAAAUCACUAUGGCAGAGCAAACCAUAUGGCCAGACUCGUAGCAUUGUACGAAGGAUAGGUUCAAGUCUUCCAUUAAAUUGUUGGCCCAAGGUCCGCUUUCAGGUUUUAGAAGGACUAAGUAUGGCUCACUUGAAUAGCUACACCCCUAAACCUAUGGUUCCAUCGUUGGCCGAUGUAGCAUGGAUCGCUGAUGAUGAUGAUGACGUUUUAACUCGAUUUAGGAAUGAAUGGCAUCCUGCCAAAGCACAAUGUAAGAUCAGUUCUCAUCACAAGUCGACAACUUCUGUAAAUCAUUUAAAAAAAGAGAGUAAUGCUUGGAACCAAGGUGUAUCAAAUGAAAAUGCCUUAAAUAAGAUUGCUCAACUUGAAGAUGAAUUAUCAUCCCUGAAGUCGCAAAUGGCCAUGAUUAUUUCAAAACAGGAUCAAAGACCAGGUGCUACUUGUUCAUCUCGAUUGGAAUCAAAUGGUUUUGCCAUUCCUGGUACUCCUACCUUCAUUCCUCUUUCAAGAUCAGCAUCAACACCACUUGGUGCUUUGAAUCAUCCUUCAAUGACUACUACUGAACCAAAGAUGUUGCCGCCGCUGCCGCCUCCACCACCACUACCAACCAAGAACAAUGUUGUAGCAACUAAAGAUCUCAAUCAAAAGUGCCAAGCUUCGAAGAUAAAUUCUAGUCAUGUGACCAUCAAAGCAAAGCUAAUUGAAAAACCCUCAAACUCCUUCAACAUGAUGGAUGUAUUGCAGGACAUGCAGAAGGUCAAAUUAAGAAUAGUAGAAAGGUCACCAGGAGGGACACCUAUAAGGGAAAAACCAGCAAAUAAAGCACACAUUUCUGAUCCAGCAGCACUUAUUGCUGAUGCCUUAAAACGCAAGUUUGAACACACAUACCUUAACGAUUCUUCUGAUAAAGAAAACGAGUCCUCUGAAUUCUCUCCGCUAUCGAGUCCAGAGACUUCAAAGAACACGUGGAUUCCCUCCCUGAAUGCAGCUCCAUUCGUACCUGCUGCUCUCAGAACCAUGGUGGCUCCUGAUCAAACAAGGACUCUUGGACCAAACCUACCUGGCCCAAGCGGACCCGUCGAGAUAGGGCUACUUCAACCGGCAAGGCCUGCAGCCUACACACAGCCCCCACAUCCUCGACCUCAUGGAGCUGCCAACCCAACUGGACGAGUGGGCGAAACUGAGUAUGGAGCCAGACAUGGAGGGACUAUCGGUCCGACCAGACAACUGGAACUGACUGAGCGUGGGUCCCAAUAUCAAGGAACCAUCGACCCGAUCGGAUCACUGAGUCCCAUCGAGUGUGGGCCCUGGCGUCAAGGAAAUGCCAACCUGACCGAGUAUGGGCCCCGACACCGAAAAGAUGCUGAGCUGUUCCAACCACUGGUCUCGAUCGAGUACAACCACAAAAGUGUCAGAUCCGCCUACAUUACUGGACAACCAGGCAUGACUGAAUAUGGACUCCAACGCCAAGGGGACAGCGACCUUCUCCGACCACUGGGCCCAAACGAGUGCAUCCCCCGAAACAGAGGAUCCGAAGACUUGACCAAACAACCGGGCCUGAUUGAGUGCAUGUUGUGGCGUCAAGGAAUUGCUGUCCUGACCGAACAACUGCGUGCCACAUCCCAACAUCUGAGCCUGACCAGGCCACAAGUCCAACCUCCCGGACGGCCCGACAGCACUAGCCGAGUCUCAGAUCGCACUGGGUGCAUCCGCCUACCUAAUGGAGCGGCCGACUCCGUGCUCCAAGUCCCAGGCCGGACCAGGAGAAAUCGUCCUCUUAGGAAGCGUGGAAGGCGAGCUGGACUGCAGGUGAAACUGAGAGAGCAUGGUUGCACAUACCCCCUCCCCAGCAUAUUACUGGUAAACAUCCAAGGUAUUGAAAACCAGCUGGAUGAAUUUAAAGCUAGACUCGCCGACAAGAAUGUUCAAAGGAGCUACUGCGUGCUCUGUUUUACAGAGACAUGGCUCACCCCUGCUUUACUCAACUGCGCAUUACAACCCGAGGGCUUCUCGCUACAUCGGAUGGACCGCACAGCGUCCUCUGGCAAGGAUGAGGGUGGAGGGGUCUGCUUUCUAAUUAAUUCCACUUGGUGCUCGGAUGUGGUUGUCCUCGCGACCUCCUGCUCCCCUGCCCUGGAAUAUCUUGCAGUGAAGUGUCAUCCCCACCACCUGUUACAGGAAUUCACUUCAGUAAUCCUGACAGCAGUCCAUAUCCCUCUCCAGGCCGAUGUUAAACUUGCACUUGAGGAACUACGCGCUGUUGUCAAUAACUUUGAAACAAAAUACCCCAGGGCAUUGUGCAUAAUAGCCGGGAAUUUCAAUCAGGCCAACCUCACGAGUGUGCUACCAAAUUACAACCAACACAUUUCCUGGCCAACCAGAGGUUCAGAUGUCCUCGACCAUUGCUAUACGACAAUCAAAAAUGCAUACCGCGCCGUCCCCCGACCGAACUUUGGAAAAUCUGACCACCAGGCUAUGUUUCUACUCCCUGUUUACGAGCAAAAACAACAGUAGGAGGAUCCGGUACAGAAAGUUGUACGGUGCUGAUCUGAGAAAUCAGAUGAGAUUGGUUGAUGGGCCAUAAUCAUGGACGCUCUCCCAAGGGAGUGUGAAGUAUAGAUGUAGUCAAGGGGGAAAGAGGCUGGUUUGUGCGAUGGACUGUGCUACAUGCACAACUCUACAAUUUUUGCAGUCUUGGGCAGAGCUGUAACCAAACCAAGCUGUGAUGCAUGGCUGUUGGAUGAUUUCUAUGGUGCAUCUGCAGAAUUUGGCAAGAGUCAUUGGAGACAUGCAUUGACGGCAAUUUAGUUUAGUUUAGAAAUACAGCGUGGAAACAGGCCCUUCAGCUCACCGAGUCCGCACCGACCAGCAAUCCCUGCACAUUAACGCUAUCCUACACACACUAGGGACAAUUUACACUUAUACCAAGACAAUUAACAUACAAACCUGUACAUCUUUGGAGUGUGGAAGGAAACCGAAGAUCUCGGAGAAAACUCGCACAGGUCACGGGGAGAACCUACAAACUCCGUAUAGACAGCAUGUGUCAUUGGGAUCAAACCCAGGUCACCAGCGCUCCAAGCGCUGUAAGGUAGCAACUUUACCGCUGCACCACCGUGCUGCAAUUUCUUCAAUAAUUCUUGUUAUCAGCUAUUUCUCAAUUCACAAUAUUUCUAUUUCCUUUCUUAAUGUCCAUGUCCAAAUUAUAAAACCACUUUCUGUAAAAGUCGGCAAAUGUUUAAUAAAAUGUUUUUUUUAAUUCGAUAA